CAUUGUCGGGAGUAAACCUAGGGCUUCAAACUGAAGGUGUAAUGCAGAUCCGACAUGACGUAGUUGAUGGCCAUGAUGCCUUGAAGCAUGGCGAGUGACACUAGCGGGGUCCCGCUUAGAGUGUUUAAAGGACCGUUCCGCGUCUAUAUUAUAUGCAUAUUCGGAGCUUUCUCGAUCUACCUAAAAUACUCGUUUGAGUAGUAUACUCAAGGUUCUAACAUGUGAUUUAUCUUGGUCUGGAACUAGCCCUACGAAAGAUUUGCUUGGCCCAUCGUAAGAAGUCGAGUGUCAACGUCAACGGACAUUGUCUUCCGCAUUUUACCUAUUUCGUCCGAUUGGCUCUAUAUUAUUCUUCCCUUCUCAGCCAAAUUAGUAUACAGCUCUCCUCUUUAUACCCUGUUCAAAUUAUUUAUAGCUAUGCAGCGUUCCAUUGCUUUGAACAUAGUUGAGCCGUGUAGAUUAACAGGUGGCGUCGUAGAUAGGUAUAUAUAUUGUCCACCUGUAAAACCGCUCUGAAGAUCACUCAUCAUCCUCACCCAGGUCUUGUAGUUUUGGUUUUAUAGUUUUAUGUAACCAACUUAUUAUACUCCUGCCACCGCUUCAGCUUAGUAAAUAUUUAUAAUAACCAAUUAUUCCUUAUCAGAUUCAGAGUCUCUACCUAGGCAAGAGGACAGGAUGCUCUCAUCUCUUGCUCGCAGCCUCCUUUUAAUCGCUGCCGCGGCGAUUCCGGCAGCGCUGGCGAAGCCAGAGCAGAUUCGCGCUGUGCAGUCGCCUAUCUUUCAUUACUAUCUACAGGCGUACCCAGAGGACCCUGAGAUACCGGUGAUGGGCCCCGAGGCCAGCAGCGAAUACUUCAACAUCGGGGGUUGGCUCCAGAGCAUGAACACGUCGCUGUUCUUGAACAUCGGAAACGACCAGACCUCGUACAAAACGUUGACCUUCGCGGAGGCGACCGUUACUGACGCCUGGGCGCUGGAGGGAGACACGAUCAUCACGAGCCGGGGCAGCAACUACGGCCGCCAGCUCAACUUCCUAGUUUGCAAGCUGACCGGCGACUACUGGCAAGUAUACCUGCAGAUGGGAAGCGAAACGCCCGCGGGAAGGACUUGCAGCAAUUAUCAGAGCUUGCAUCUGCCCUGCCUAUGCUAGAACAAGUCUUGAGGAGCGGGGCGAGGGAGGAAGGCUGUAAAAUCUGGCUAAGGGUAUAUGGAGGUUACGGAUCAAGGGGCAGGAAAAAUUGUUCGGUUUUCCAGCAGUGUUGGCAAUAUUCGCAAGCUAGGUAGUCAAAUGAAUUGUAAAUAAAGCCUAGAGAUGCCAAUGGCUUCCGUUUAGCCAGUAUUCUUUUGGUUGUAUAUAUGUAGGCUUGGUU